AUGCAACCAUUUUAGCUCCUACCCAAUUAAUUUAAUUUAAAAAAGAUAUAGUUAGAUUUAAAUUUUAUAAUUGCUAAAGCUAAGUUAAAGCAUUUCCUAAUCCUUUAAUGCCAUGUUAAAGUUAAGGUCCUUCAAUAUUAAAUCUAAAUAUUUUUAAGUUUACUAGGCUUGACAAAAGCAUACAAAAAGUAUGAGAAUCAUCUUAUUAUAUUUCAUUACUUUAAGCAAUAUAAAUAUCUAGAAUUUCUAGAUUUUUUAAAGUUGCCAAAACUUUACCCAAAGAUAUUAAACCUUCCCUUCCUAAUUUAUUUUGGCUUUCAAUAGAUAUUGUUAUUGUUUAAAGCUUAGGAUGAUCUAAAAGACCUUCUGCAAAAUUCUCAAAUCUUGGCAUGUUAUCAUUUUCAUCAUUUUGUAUAUUUUAAGAAUCAAUUUAGAAAGAUAGGCAUUUCAGAUUCUUUAAUUUUUAUAAUUAUCUAGAGAAAACAGUUAUACUAUUGCUUAACUAGUUAUAGGCUCCUAUUUUAAUAUACAAUUUCUCAAGAUUACUUAGAUUUUCUAAGUAUUCUGCAAAUUUUAAAAACCCUUGCUCAAAUUUAUUAUAAGAACAAAUAUUAAUUUUUAAUUUAAUUAAUUAACUUAAAUACUAAAUUCCACUCAUAAUUAUAUCAGAGAAACCAUUUUAAAAAUUAAAAUCUCCUAAGGUCAAGUAUAAAGUUUUAAGGUUAUUUAAAUAUUCUAAGCUUUUAGCUAAUGAUAAAGCAUCUUCGUUGUCAAAUAAGAUAUCAUAGGAUAAAUUAAAAUUUAAUUUUACUAAGUUAAUUAGAUUUGAAAUAGCUUUUCCAAGAAUUUAAAUAUUUAAUUUUAUUUUAUUCUAAUUUUUUAUCUUUAACUGCAAAAUUUUCAAUUAAUUUAAAUUUUAAAAUAAAUUUAUAAAACUUUCAUCAAAUUAGAAAUUAUUGA